AUGGUAACCUAUGCCUUCUCAAAUGCAAGCACAGACGCGUGUGUCUGCCCAGCGAAAUGGGACCCUGUUUGUGGCCGUGAUGGCAACACUUAUGGAAACAUGUGCAAACUGAAAUGCGCGGGCGUUCGUCGUAAAUACCGCGGAGAGUGCCCAGAGAAGGUGUGUGCAUGCCCCUUCAAUAUUGACCCUGUCUGUGGUGCUGAUGGUGACACCUAUGACAACGAGUGCCUCAUGGCAUGCAAGGGAGUUAGCCUACAAUCACGAGGAGAGUGCCCGUGCGCAUGCCCCUUCAAUCUUGCACCAGUAUGCGGCGAUGAUGGCGUAACGUACGACAACGAGUGUAUCAUGACAUGCAAGGGAGCCACUCUACAAUCGCAAGGCGAAUGCCCAAAGGUGUGCGCGUGUCCAUUUAAUAUUAACCCUGUUUGUGGCAAUGAUGGAGUAACGUAUGAUAACGAGUGUCUGAUGUCAUGCAAGGGAGCCAGCCUACGCUCGCGUGGAAAAUGCCCGAGGACCGACUGCCAAUGUCCCAAGAUUCUAAAACCCGUAUGCGGUAAUGAUGGUAUCAUGUACAACAACCAGUGUCUUAUGAUAUGCAACGGUGCACGAAAAGCCGCCGCCAACCGCUGUCGUUAGAGGAAUAGCUCAUGAUUUGGUGAUUGGGUUCCAGAAAUGCCUCCAGUAAAUUGUGACUAAUCAAUUGCAAUAAAACGUAACAUUAUA